AUGAUGAAGUUUGUGGCUUACUUCACCCUUCUCACCUCCGCAGCUCACGCAGGUCUGCUGAGAAACAGACAAACCUGCCCGCAGCUUUGCGAUGCCUCUUAUUGCCCUGUGCCACCGCAGGUCUGUUACUACGGGCAGGUGAAGGACAGGUGCGGGUGCUGCGUAGUGUGCGCUGCUGGGGAGGGUGAUGCCUGCGGGGAGCGGAGCGGUGCCGGCCUCCCCUGCGGUGACGGGCUGCGGUGCGACUCUGUCCCGGGGGGGCUCCACAGCUGCGUGUGCGCCUCCUCCGGCCCGGUGUGCGGCAGCGACGGCAGGACUUACCCCAGCAUCUGCCGCAUGGCCGCUGAGAACAGGAGAGCCGAGCUCGGCGAGACCCCCCCGGUCAUUUUGAUCCAGAGGGGUUGGUGUGAUUCAGGAAUCCAACAUCAAGAAAGUAUGCGCUACAAGUUCAACUUCAUUGCAGAUGUGGUGGAUAAGAUUGUCCCAGCCGUAGUGCAUCUGGAGCUUUUCCAAAGAGUGCCAUUUUCCAGUGAGGACGUCUCUGUGUCGAGUGGCUCUGGGUUUGUAGUGUCAGAGGACGGCUGGAUCGUCACCAAUGCUCACGUACUCACCAACAAACAGCGGAUAAAAGUUGAGCUAAAAAGCGGUUUGCAGUACGACGCUACAGUCAAGGACGUGGACCAGAAGAUGGACAUUGCACUCAUCAAAAUUGAACCAGAUAGGCCCCUGGCUGUGCUUCGUCUCGGCCAGUCCUCAGACCUGCGUCCCGGUGAGUUUGUGGUGGCGGUGGGAAGCCCUUUCUCCCUGCAGAACACCGUCACCACUGGGAUUAUCAGCAGUGCCCAACGCAACAGCCUGGAACUGGGUUUUAAGGACUCUGACAUGGACUACAUCCAAACUGACGCCAUGAUUAAUUACGGCAACUCUGGUGGACCGCUUGUCAAUUUGGAUGGAGAUGUAAUAGGCAUAAAUACUCUGAAAGUGGCAGCAGGAAUCUCUUUCGCCAUCCCUGCAGACAGAAUACGGCAGUUUCUUGCUGAGUCCUACAACAGACAAGUCAACGGAAAUACAGGACAAAAAAAGAAAUUCAUAGGUGUCCGGAUGCUGCAGCUUUCACCAUCUUGGAUCCGAGAUCUCAAGGAGCAUAAGGUUGAAUUUCCAGAUGUGAGCUCAGGGGUUUAUAUUUAUGAGGUAAUACCUGGAACAGCUGCCUCCAGCGCUGGCAUGAUCGAUCAUGACGUCAUCAUCGGCAUCAACGGGUGGCCCGUCCACACCACGCAGGAAGUGAGCGAAGCCGUCCAGAGUGGCACCCCGCUUUCAGUGGUGGUGAGACGAAAGGAUAAGGAUGUUACACUAACUAUCAUUCCUGAAGAGACUGACUAAUACCACUGACUGUAAAUGUCUGCCAUUAAAGAAGAAAUGUAAAUGUAAUGUCCUGUAACACUGAUAAAACAGCUGGUGAUGUGCA